AUGAUGAACGAAUUGGAAGCUAGUGAUUUACUUACGGAAUUAGGAAAAUCUUUAAAAACUCGGCUUUCCGAAGAAUCUAGGGACUUGCCUGACGGUCUCGACUUCUGUAAGUCAUUGUUUCAGACAAGAAAACAAAAACUCAUAUACAGAUGACACCAUGUCGGAAACUGAAUGGAAAAGCGCUCGACUAUCUUCCAGUCACAGCGACGAUAUCGGGUAUUUUUCUUUUAAAAUAAUAAAAAAGACAACAACAUCUAAUGUUUUUAUUCAGAAGUCUGAACGACGCGUUGAAAGUGCAACAGCUAGAGGAAGAGCAAGAAAGACUGAACAAUUCGUUGUUUUCCCUCAGCUCUCACUUCGCGCAAGUGCAGUUCCGAAUAAAGCAGAUGAAUGAAGCUGAUACAACCGACAGAGAAGUGAUUCAAUCGUAUUCUUCCGUAAAUAAAACAAAAUUUUCAGAAACUUCUGAAAGAGCUACAGGAAUUCGCAUUUAAAGGGUGCACAGACAUGAAUGAACUGCAACGGUUGAGAAGCGAAAGUGAGAGUGGGAAUGAUGUGCUGGAGAGACAGAAUGAAAGGUUUUCACUAUAGUCGAUAACUAUUAUCACUUUAUUCCCUAAAUUUCAGACAGAAAGAGCUGCUCAGGCAGCUACGAGAGCAAGUUGAAGAUCUGGAAAGAGCGGCUUAUGAAAACGGAGAGGGAACUUUGCCGAGUACUGUCAUACUACAAAAACAGGUAAAACAUAACACUUGCAAGCAGAUAAACAAUAAAGUUUGGUUUCAGAAAGCUGUACUUGACAAACUUCGAGAAAAAAUUGAACUGAACCUGGACAUCGACAAAAUGAACCAGUCAGAGAUACAACGGCACGUUGACGACGCGUUGAAACAAGUAAUUAUACUCGAACGUUGAAAAAUAUCAAAACUUUAAAUAUCGAACCUGUACACCUAGAAAGCCAAGCAAUACCAAUUUUGAACAGAUUUGAAGAAAUUAAAACAGUUUUGAAUUUUGUUACGCCCAAUAUCUGCUCGACUGUUGCUGAACUGUUGUUCGAAAGCUGCUAUCACUCCAAAGUUUGCUCAAAAGUUACUUCCGUUCACCAAGAAGGUCGAUCAGCAAAAACAUAUCCUUCUGUUUGAUUGUUUCUUCUUCAUCUAUGACUUUUCUUCAUUUAGCUCGUCAACCCAUUCAAAGAAAAAGGGCAGCUUGUUGAUCAAUUGCAAACUCAAAUCACCGACUUGGAACGUUUCGUGAACUUUCUUCAGAAAGAAAACUCAGAGAAUUCGAAUCAAAACACUCCAGUCAGGGUUAGUUAUCAGAGUGGAAUUGUGAAAGGUCCUUGUGCAAACGCAUUACAGAGUAUGGGAUCGACACCUUUGUCCAGUGCUAAACCAAAAAACGCAUCUUUUUUAAGUGGCAUCAUCGGUUGCUCAACUAGUCGUUUUCAGAAGAAUCAGCUUAAGAACACCCUGAAAGGAAAUCAUUACGGGUAUGUUGUCGUGCGUGAAUCAACGUAAAAAACGAAUAUUUAGUGAUGAAAGAGCACAUGUUCAAUUAGCAGUUGAUGCGACUCAACAAAUUUUGGAAAAGUAUACACUUCUUUCCUUUGACUCUGCUUCAAAAGGACAACUUGAGGAAGUUCAAGUAGAAAAUGACGAAGUGUUUGAAAGAUCCGAGGAAGAGGUUGUGACAGUGGUUCGCAAACAGCUGUGUCCAGCUCUUAAAGCUCUUUUAGAGCAUGGAAUGUUACCGGAAACUAUAG